GUUGCGUUGCAGAAUAAUUUCUGUGAUUCACCUGAAUGUGUCUUGUAUGGUUUGACAUUCAGAUUUCAGUGUUUAUUUACAUUUUAUUCCAAACAAACAGCUAGAAAAUUAUCUUCCAUCAAGAUCUAAUACGUAAAUAAAGUGUUACUUAAAGUAAUGGACGAAUAAGGUCCAUUAUCAAUGGUAUCUAAAGUGUGUGUUUAUAAACAUAGAAAUAGGGACAUAUCCAGCUGUGGGUGGAAUCAAUAAAGCAAGUGAACAUCGAUAAAAUAAAUUAAAUUCUUGGUGAACCAAUCGGCGAGCGAUCCGAGCAAUGAAUCUCAACCAACAAAAUAGACCUUUCAUCAAUCCUACAGCGCCACCACCGAGUCCACCACCACCAUAUGAUCUUGUGAAUGAAGAAUUAAAUCAGUCUGCCGAGCGACUAAUUGAACGGCGUCUUCAACAUCACAUUAAACCUGAAAACGAUGAUGGUGUAUCAGUCCCAAGUUCCAAUGGAAAUGGUUACUGCGGACUGAAGAGAUUGGUGAUUCUGACAUUGGUUGUUAUUAUUGCAACGGCUGCAGCAAGUGUAAUAUCGUUUUACAUGACGGUAGCGUACGGACAUCUGAAACAGUAUGGAAAAAAGUGUUCACCUGCAGAGCCAAUGUCAUGCGGAACAACCGAUCUGAUUUGUCUGAAUAGUGGAGUUUGUGGAUGUAAAAGUUCGGAUUACAAAUGGGAUCGCGACCAAGAGGUCUGUGUGGCUUUAGUAAAUACCGAUGCCGAGUGCCGAAAAUGGGGAUGGGAUGGAACUUAUGCGAUACCAUGUACAGCGAACGCCGUCUGUACCGAUGACCACCACUGCAAGUGUUUACAUUAUUUUGUCGCUGUGGAACACGAAUGUAUUGCUACGUACGAUGGGAUUUGUAGUUCGUCAAAGGAUUGCAAUCAACAGGAAUUUCUGUAUUGUGGGAAAAGCGGUAAAUGUGAAUGUCGCCCGGGAACUGUGCGAAGCCAGAAAGGGAAUGAGUUCGGUUGUUUUGUGAAAAUUGGCGAAACCUGCUCCGGCAUCAUGAAAAAUCUGUGCGUAGACCCUCACUCCGAAUGCUCCAAGGAAGAAAUAUGUCGCUGCAACAAUGGAUAUAUUCCGAGCAAUGAAAACACUAGAUGUGGCAAGCCAGCUAAUGGAACAUGUUUUGCUGAUGGUGAUUGCGCUGACACCUUAUCGUGUCAGAAAACUGUGCUUACCGAUCAAGCCGGCCUUUGUUUAUGUCGUAAUACCGAAAUUUUCGACGACACAGACGAUAAAUGCAGAAUUAUGGCUGGAAAACAAUGUGAUGUGGCGGACCAAAAGCAAUGCGUUGAGAAUGCACUUUGCAAGCGUUCAACUUGCACGUGUAACCGGGGCUAUGGAUUGGACGAAGCGAGUGGAUUGUGUCUCGGUACUCACGGAACAGUUUGCGAAUCAAAUGCGGAAUGUUUGGGCUCACAUUACUUCCAAUGUAGUGAUGGCAUUUGUGGCUGCGAUAAGAAUCAUACGCAGUACAGCGAGGCAACGGGAAGCUGCUUCGGUAAUGUGACUGAUACUGUGUGUUUCAAUGAUUUUAAUUGCGACCAGCAACGAAUGUAUUGUGAACCGAUUGGGAAGCGAUGCACAUGCUCGGCGGGAUUUAAGGAGGACAACCGACUUUGUUACGGUGAACAUGGAACCGGAUGUGCUGUAACUGGUGAUUGCUUUGCUCAGGAGAUGUUGACUUGUUUAGAAGGUCAUUGCGGUUGUAAUGCUGCGUUCGAAGAAUGGGAUGACAGUGAGUGUAAACUGCAGUUCAAUCAGCGCUGUGAGGUGCCAGGAAAUAGGAUCAAUAUGAAAUGUGUUGGAAAUUUAACAUGUUUGAAUGAUCAAACACACGUCAAUGAUGUGUUUAAGAUUUGCGGAUGUGAAAGCAAAUACAUAGUCUCCAAAGACAAGCGAUCCUGUAUUAACAUCGCAGAUUCUGUUCACAGUAGUGUAGCAGCAAUCUUACUUAUGACUUUCAUUGCUAAGUAUCUGUGAUAAAUUUUCAGUUUGAAUCUCUCAAACGGGCGUUAGAAGGAUUAUCUGUUCGCUAUUUGCGACAUUGACAACAUUUAAAUUCAAAUUCGCUUUGUGUAGAAAUAUAAGCCGUUUUUCUGUUACAAAACUGGUCUCUUCGCAUUUGUAAAAACUAAAAUUUCCUUCGUGGUUGUAGAAACAUGGAAAAUUUCGUGCGGCCCAUUGUGUCCAGAACAAAUUGAUAAUCAAAAUCCAAUGUUUGGUUACUGCUUGGUAUUUUGACGAAAAGGUUUUGAAGCCCUUGUCAGCCUUCUGAAGUAGUAGAAUAAAAUUCUACGGAUAAUUUUACCCUCUUCAUCAACGCUUCCCAUUAGUCAAAAUAAUAAAAAGGGCGAAACAAGGACGUAAUCUACCAAUAUAAGUCAACCACCAAAAUACUCGGAUUGAGAAUGUACGCGGACCAUAUUCUUUUUGGAACUACGUGACUCUUUGCACUUUCAUUUUCAUAUCCAUAAUAACCACAAUCAGUUUUCUAGCCUACUCACAAUCCAAAUGUUGUGGUCAACUUAUAAUGAUUUUCGAGCAACGAGCGUCGGUAACGGUCUUUUCGGCAAGUGUAGAGUUUGUAAAUGAGAACCGAAGGCGAGAAAAACAGUCACCGAAGCAAGUUGCGCAAAACUUUCGAGUGAGUUUGUAGGUGUCAUAUAAGAUUGUUUCCGAAUUACCCGAUGUAUUCUGGCUUAUUGCCUGCCCCAUGCCACAUGCGAAAGAAAUUCACAAAGAAAUUCACGUGAAAUGAACCGAAUAAUAUAUUCUUUAUGUAAUGGAUCAUUUUCGCAGGGUGCUAGCUGCUAUGUAAUGAUCAAUUUUUCAUUUUUUAAACAAUAUCUGCUCCAUCUUGACUUACCAAUGAGUCGACUUCCAUCCGGAUGACUAACGUUCAGUAUUAGUAAAACUGGACCAAAUUUAAUUUCUAUUUUUGAAA